ACAACGUAAAUUGCGAUACACUCGCGGCCCCAAAACACAUACCCCUACCAAAAAAAAAAAGCAAAAACAAAUCGAGCGAGCCAGAGGCACGCAGCAAAAUUAACUGUAACGAUAAAGUUACGGCGGAGGGGCAGCCGUGCAGAAGAUUUGAGUGCAUGUGAAUUAAUAUUUAAUCGCUCAAACGGUACAUAGUACACGAGAGAGGUGACACGAGUGUGCACAGUUGAGUGAGAGAAGGAGAGUGAGCGCGUGGGUGGAAGGAAGGCAAUUAAGCAAAAGGCAAUCAGCAGCGCAUAAACCUAACUCUAAGUAUUCAUAAAUAGGUGUUAUUUGAACUCAACUCACACACCGAGGCACCACUCCUUCCACUCGGAGUAUUGCUUGCUGCCAGCAAUUGGGAGCGAGAUAGACAGAGGGAGAGGGAAGCGCGCAUUUAUAUGGCUUCGCCGGCCAGUAACGUUUACGCUCCAGCCAAAUGCAGCAGCCACUUCAUCAACGCCCAGACGCCCAUUCAGCGCACGAAGAGAAGGCAGAGCCAUCAUCGUCACCAACACAAUCAAAAACUGAUCUCAACGGCCCUGACGCUGCUGACGCUCCUGCUGAGCAGUUGCAUCGCCUAUGCGCUGGGUAGCAGCCAUGAACAGGACUUUGCCGCCCUGGUGCUGGAGUCGGGCGGUAAUGCGCCCACAGACUACAACAGCUCCAGCGCCUUUCUUAGUGCCAUUGCUGCGGUGUCGGGCAACGCCAGCUAUGCCAGCUCACCCACUUCGGCAGCAGUCGGGAGCAGCACCAACUCCUACAGCAGCAUCACCAGCAUCGACAACAACAGCAGCACCAAUACAGUGGCCACACUGGUUUCUCUAUCGGACUCACCACUGGAGUCUGAGCAGUCGCUGGAGAGGGACGACACAGCCGUGGAUUUCGUGCUGCCGCCAGUACAUGCGAUUGUGGUCAGCAUAGUGCUCCUGGUGGUCAUUAUUGGCACCGUGGUGGGCAAUGUACUCGUCUGCAUUGCCGUCUGUAUGGUGCGUAAGCUGCGUCGACCCUGCAACUAUUUGCUAGUCUCGCUGGCGCUCUCCGAUCUCUGCGUGGCCGUACUGGUCAUGCCCAUGGCACUGCUCUACGAGGUGCUGGAGAAGUGGAACUUUGGUCCGCUGCUUUGCGACAUCUGGGUGUCAUUCGAUGUACUCUGCUGCACUGCCUCCAUACUGAAUCUGUGUGCCAUUUCGGUGGAUCGCUAUUUGGCCAUUACCAAGCCCCUGGAGUACGGAGUUAAGCGCACCCCGCGCCGCAUGAUGCUGUGCGUGGGCAUUGUCUGGUUGGCCGCCGCCUGCAUCUCGCUGCCACCGCUGCUCAUUCUGGGUAACGAGCAUGUCGGUGAAGGUGGGGAGCCCAUUUGCACCGUCUGCCAAAAUUUUGCAUAUCAGAUCUAUGCCACCCUCGGUUCCUUCUAUAUACCGCUCUCCGUGAUGCUGUUCGUCUACUAUCAGAUCUUCAGAGCGGCACGACGCAUUGUUCUCGAAGAGAAGCGCGCCCAAACGCAUUUGCAGCAUGCGCUCAACGGCACGGGCUCGCCACAGACAGCGGUGGCGCCUCCCCCACCAAUGGGCCACACGGAGCUGGGUGGCAAUGGCAAUGGACAGCAGCGACACAGCAGCGUGGGAAACACCUCGCUGACUUACUCCACAUGCGGCGGAUUGAGCGGCAGUGGUGGGGGGCAUGGACAUCAUGGCAGUGGAGGGGGAGUGAGUGGCACAACGGGACUACUUGGGUCGCCGCAUCACAAGAAACUGCGCUUCCAGCUGGCCAAGGAGAAGAAGGCCUCGACCACACUAGGCAUCAUCAUGUCGGCCUUCACCAUAUGCUGGCUGCCCUUCUUCAUAUUGGCCCUCAUACGCCCGUUCGAGACGAUGCAUGUGCCCGCUUCGCUGUCCUCGCUCUUCCUGUGGCUGGGCUAUGCCAACUCGCUGCUAAAUCCGAUUAUCUAUGCGACACUGAAUCGCGACUUCCGCAAACCCUUCCAGGAAAUACUCUAUUUCCGCUGCUCGAGUCUGAACACGAUGAUGCGUGAGAACUACUAUCAGGAUCAGUAUGGAGAGCCGCCUUCGCAGCGCGUCAUGUUGGGUGACGAGCGGCACGGAGCUCGCGAAAGUUUUCUCUGAAAUUAGGCGUUGGAUGCAAAACCCUGGAAUGAUGAUUCCGUGAAAUUCUAUUUAGACGCACUUGAUUAUGCUUAGAAAUCCAAUGUAGUGCGUAAAAGUAAUGCAAAUGCUCUACCCACACAUAUAUUUAUAACUGUACACCUAUCUGUAUGUAUGUAGUAGUGUAUAUGUAUGUGCACCAAAAAACAAACGGAAAAACAAGAAAAAUAAUAUAAGUACUACUUGUAUGUGUAGUUCGUGAUGAUGAUGAUGACGAUGAUGACGAUGACUAAGACGACUCCUUUAAAUGUAACUCGUUGUUGUAAUUUUAAACUAGAUGUAAGCGGUGUGUGGCAAUCACGAAUUGAGAAAACACACCACACACACACACACAAAUACACACACACUCACAGAAAUACACACAUAUACAACAACAACAAUACGAUUGUAGGGCUCGAAACCAGCCGAAGAGAGACAGGUUUCCAUUGUUCCUUCAAUGUAACUAUGCAUGUAUGAAUAAUGAAUUGUUGCAUUUCUAUUGUUUUAUGUUUCCACACAAACAAACAAAAAAAAAAAAAAAAAAAAAGAGCAGAAACACAAUCAGAGAAACGAGAAAAUCGAAUCAACUCAUACUACGUUUUCAUAGAGCCGUACUGCGACCCAAACUAAUUUGAGAUACUCACACAACUGAGCCAAAAACUAAAUUAAACGCAUACCUACGCAUAUACAUAUAGUAAAUACUUAUAUAUACGUAUACCUACUUACUAUAUAUAAUGAUAUAUACAUGAAUAUUUUUAGCUGCAAUUCAAA